GCCGCCAUAUUUGCCCGGAGAGCAGCGAGCUGGUAGCUGCUGAGCCCCCCAGACCCAUCGGCUUCCAUCCGCCCCGUACGCUCCCCGACGCCGCUCCGCCUGCAGGACAUGGACGAUCGGGAGGACCUCGUCUAUCAGGCUAAGUUGGCCGAGCAGGCUGAGCGCUACGAUGAAAUGGUUGAAUCAAUGAAGAAAGUGGCUGGAAUGGAUGUGGAGUUGACAGUGGAAGAAAGAAACCUGCUUUCUGUUGCAUAUAAAAACGUGAUUGGAGCCAGAAGAGCUUCCUGGAGAAUAAUCAGCAGCAUUGAACAGAAAGAAGAAAACAAAGGAGGAGAAGAUAAAUUAAAAAUGAUUCGGGAAUAUCGGCAAAUGGUUGAGACUGAACUGAAGUUAAUCUGUUGUGACAUUCUGGAUGUACUGGACAAACACCUCAUUCCAGCAGCUAACACUGGCGAGUCCAAGGUUUUCUAUUACAAAAUGAAGGGGGACUACCAUAGGUAUCUGGCUGAGUUUGCCACAGGAAAUGACAGGAAGGAGGCUGCAGAGAACAGCUUGGUGGCUUACAAGGCUGCUAGUGAUAUUGCAAUGACAGAACUCCCACCAACACAUCCUAUCCGCCUAGGACUUGCCCUCAACUUCUCUGUAUUCUACUAUGAAAUUCUUAAUUCUCCUGAUCGUGCCUGCAGGUUGGCGAAAGCAGCUUUUGAUGAUGCUAUUGCAGAACUGGAUACGCUGAGUGAAGAAAGCUAUAAGGACUCUACACUUAUCAUGCAGUUGUUACGUGAUAACCUGACACUAUGGACUUCAGACAUGCAGGGUGAUGGUGAAGAACAGAAUAAAGAAGCGCUGCAGGAUGUGGAAGAUGAAAACCAGUGAGACACAAAGGCCAACAAGAGAACCCAUCUCUGACCACCCUUCCCCCUCCCCACAAAAACCCUCAGUGUCACUCUGAGAACCACCAAAUCUGACUUUUACAUUGGGUCUCAGAAUUUAGGUUCCUGCCCUGUUGGGUUUCUUUAUUUUUAUUUUUUUUUUACACAGUUUAAAAGUUCUUAAAGGCAAGAGUGAAUUUCUGUGGAUUUUACUGGUGCCAGCUUUUAGGUUCUUUAAGACACUAACAGGACUGCAUAAAGGCUCUUUCAGCAUUACUGUGUUGUCUCCUGCCAGCCGUGGUGAUGGCCAUUAGAAGUGGAUGUGACACCUGGAGGCUGUUAGACUUGUAGGGGAGAUUCCUUAUCACGAGGUAGCAUGCAUGUGGUGGCAUUUUUCUUUUUUUAUAACUGUUUAAACUGAAUUUUAUACCAAUGUUGAAACUUAAUUGGAUGUUUAGCUUGAAGUUACAGGUUGCAUUGGGACGUAUAUUGUAGUGGGGUUACUGUAAUUAAAAAAAAAAAAAAGGAAAAAAAAAACCUUCCAUACUGCUGAAACGUUGCUGAAAAACAUGGUGCUGGUAACAGUUCAACAAUCCGUGGCUGCUCAUUCUUGCCUAUUCUUUACUUUUCCUCCAAGCAGGUUAGCAUUGAAGGUGGCAUUGAUAAGCCUGCAUGCGUGUUCAAUAUUUUUUCUUUUCUCCCUCCCCCCUCCCCAUCUCCCUUCGCUCGCUCAACCUCUUUUGUUCAGUAUGUGUAACUUGAAGCUAAUUUGUACUACUGGAUAUCUGACUGGAGCCACAGAUACAGAAUCUGUAUUGUUCUUACUGAAACACAGCAUGGAAUUAACAUUAAACUUAAAUAAAACAAACCUAAAUUAAAAAUGCCAAA